AACAGAACACUCGCGAUCCUCAUCACCGUACUAGCUUUCGCAUCAGUCACAUGCUUUUUCUUUGCGUAUCAUUUAUUCACCACCAGCAAACCCACCUGCUCCUGACACCAAAUACCUCUCCUAGUUCCCCCACAGUGGAUUACACAACUAACGCAUCGCACUCAAGAAUGUGCUUGUACUCUCUCGACCACUUAAUCACACUUCCUUGUGCUUGGGUCUAAAACCGAGCUUGAACGCUGUCUGCUUGUCCCUCCAAACGUGCCCACUCCCAAUGAAUGUUCAGGGAGAGAAAUUCGGAGUCAAGAUUAUCCAAUGGGACGGAAGCCCAGUCGUAUGAAAAGUUUUCAUGCCAAUAUCUUUGACACAGACACACCGACGCACCAAUGCUCCAGUCCUUACGAUUUCCGGUUUCUGGACACGCUUCAUGAUGUAUCGCCUAUGCGGGACAAGUAUCUCUAUUCCAUCCACAUCCCGGCUCUUGUGUGAGCGCUUGAGCACCCGAGAGAUUGGUGCAGAUUGGGACGU